AUGGUCUCCGCCCUUGCAGCAGCAGCGCUGGCGGUGCUGGCGGCGGACUCUUCCCGCCUCGUCCUCGCCCCGCCCCCCGCCACCGCCGGCCUCAUCUCCACAGACCCGGUGAAGGACGCCAAAGCACUGUUGCGCUAUGCGCUGCCCAUCCACAACACCCCCAUCAGGCAGGUGCAGGAGUCGCUGGAGAGCAUCUCAGAGGCGCUGAGGAUUCCUGGGGGCAAGGCCUUUGGGCCAAUUGGACGGGCGGUCCGGAAUGCAGCGUCCAUACUGGACAGGGAGACAGGCACCAUCACCAAGGCCCUCGUCAAGGAGCGCCAGAAGCAGGGCCAGGACGAUCUGGUGCUGCUCAAGCAGAAACUCUCUGAGCUGCAAGCCGUCCUUGGAAACAAGGACAAGAAUGACAUUCCGGUCCUGCAGCAGGAGUGCCUGAACUUAGUAGGAGACAUAGAGGAGUCUAUGGUCUCGGGCUACCCCUUUGAAGUACCCAAGGAGUAUGCCAACCUCCCACAACUCAAGGCAAGCGGUCGUGCCACGCUGCAAAUGGAUGUGAAGUUCUCCAGUCCCCGCGAGGACAACUCGACUGGAGGCAGGAUGGUCAUUGUCGUGGAUGGCUUCAACGCCCCACUCAGUGCGGGAACCUUUGUGGACCUGGCCCAUAAGGGCUUCUAUGAUGGCAUGCUCAUCCAGCGGUCAGAUGGCUUUGUUGUGCAGAGCGGGAAGCCGGAGUCAGGGGAGGGAUAUGUUGAGAAUGGGCAGCUGAGAACGGUGCCCUUUGAGGUCAUGGUGCAGGGUGACAAGAUCCCUGUCUACGAAGAGACCCUCGAGGACAAUGGACGGUUCAACGAGCAGCCAGUGCUCCCGUUCAACGCCUUUGGAACUUUGGCGCUGGCGCGCGCCGAGUUUGACACAAACUCCGCCUCAUCUCAAUUCUUCUUCCUGCUGAAGGAAUCGGAGCUGACACCCACUGGAUCCAAUCUGCUGGAUGGGCGGUAUGCUGUGUUUGGAUAUGUGACGGAGGGAGCACCACUCCUGAAAGAGCUCCAGGUGGGGGACAAGAUCGAGCGCAUCAAGACCUGGUUUGCAGAUGGCGUGCUGGAGUCCAUUCUUUCUUUCAAUUCAUCCAGCUUCUUCACGUUCCUCCUCCCUCCCAUCAUAUUCUAUGCCGGACUGUCUGUGCGCAAGCGCCACUUCUUCAAGGAGUUCCUGACCAUCAGUGGCUUCGGCAUUGCCGGCACCUAUGCCUGUUUUGCCCUGCUCUCCCUGGGACUCUGGCUCUGCUUCCAUGGACUCCUCACAUUCAGGGAGUGCCUGGGCCUGGCUGCCAUCAUGGCAGCUACAGAUUCUGUAGCGACCCUCCAGGUUCUUGAUAAGGAGCGGUAUCCGCUGCUGUACUCGGUGGUUUUUGGUGAGGGCGAUCUGGAGCUCCAGGGCACGGAGGACCUCACCGUCUCCAUGGCUUUCACCAUUUUUGGCACCUUUUUGUACCUUCUGCUGGCCUCGGCAGCCCUGGGUAUCGUCCUGGGCCUCGUCACAGCCCUCUGCCUGCGCAGGGUCACCUUCCACGAGACCUCCCAGGAGGUGGCGUACAUCGGCCUGAUGGCAUACCUUUCCUACCUGGUAGGGGAGGUGGCGGGCCUCAGCGGCAUCGUGGCCCUCUUCGUGUCCGCCAUCAUCAUCUCCCACUACGCCCUCCACAACAUCUCCAAGCAGUCGAGGAUCACCACUGUGCAUGCCUUUGCGACGCUGAGCUACGUGUCGGAGGGCAUCAUCUUCAUCAUCUGCGGCAUGGACGCCGUGGACCCCGUCAAGUGGAGGGCCACCAACGUGAGGCACCUGCUGUGGAUGUUCUGGAUCGUCAUCCUCCUGCUCAUGGCCUCGCGCGCCGCAUUCGUGGGCCCCGUUGCCGCCCUGCACAACGCCUUCUCCGCCGUCCGCCUCUCCCUGCGCGAGUGCGUCGUCAUUUGGUGGGCGGGCCUCAUGCGCGGCGCCGUCAGCGUGGCCCUGGUGUACACACUGUUGGGGGGCGGAGGAAGGGAGGGCGAUGCCACGCUCAUCACCACCACCCUAGUGGUGGUCAUCAUCAGCAUCCUGGGGUUUGGCGCGGCCACCAAGCCCCUUCUGGCCUUCCUCAUGAGAGACCAUGUGGAGCAGCCGAGCAGCCCCCUGACCUCUGGCCUGGCCGUUGAAAUGGCAGGCGCCGCCGGGUCCAAGGGGGGCAACGCACCUCCCGAGUCCUCUGCCCUCCUGCGCUGGGGAUCCCGUGGCGAGCCUGUGGCGGAGCCCCCGGUGGGGGAGGCUGCGGAGCCCAGUCGCACCUACAGGCCAGAGGGGGAGGACCAAUAUCUACGGAAGUCUGGCAGCCAGACGAGCGAUGCAGGGAGUGCCCUCCCCGCCGCAUGGGGGAACCUGACCUGGGGCCCGCCGGAACAUAGUCCAGAGUCAGGUGGCGGGGUGGGUGGGGUGCUCCCUUCGGACUGGGAUGUGUGCUUGAGGCGGCUGCCCAACCCUCGAGCGUGCUGCGUGCCACUUCACCUCCUCACGGCAGGAACAAACGGACCAAAUCCUGAUCACCUUUCCGCCUUUCCUCUUUCAGAGGUGCUGCUGCAUGAACCUGCUCACAUCGCCCGGCUGCCAGGGGACCUCGAAGCGCCUCCGAGCCCCCUGCCCGGCUCACUGGCGCAGACUGGGCAAUCCACGGCGCUGGGCGCCGCGUUCCAGCUGGAUGUGGCACAUGGGGCCCAGCCUUCCGUCCCCGGCAGGGCAGGGUCCACGUGGGACGAGCGGGGAUCUGCGCACGGCAGCGCCGCUGUCCCUUCAGGGACAGGCAAGAAGGUGCCGCAGCCGGGCCACCCCUCCCCUGCCAAGGCCUCCUCCGGACCUCUGGGAAUGCGCGUGAAUCGGUGA